CUCCGUGCCGCGCCAGGCUUGCCAGGGUCCGCGGCAAGACAUGCCCGAGCCAGGCGCUGCACCGACCUCCACUUAUCUGUGAGCAGCCAAAGGCACCAUGGUCAGCAAGGACUCUGGCAGAUGCGUACUCACGACACCAGAACAGGAAGUGGAGCCAGCGGCCUGCCUGGCCCUGGAGAUGAGAUAUGCCCUGGACCCCAACCGACAGAUCAAAAAGCGCAACAAGGCCCUGCAGGUGCGCUUUAAGGAUAUCUGUGAGGCCCAGAAUGAGCAGAGGGACACACAGCUGUCUUCAGGACCUCUGGGGGAGAAGCGGGAGGCCAAGGCUGUGUCCUGUAGGGCGGCGUACCGUAAGUAUAUGACAGUGCCAGCCCGCCGAUCCAUCCCCAAUGUCACCAAGAGCACCGGUGUGCAGACCUCACCGGACCUUCGCAAGUGUUACCAGACAUUCCCGCUGGACCGAAAGAAAGGCAGUCUCAAGGGCCUGCCAGCUGCAGAUGCCUUCAAAAGCCAGAACAAUGGCUUUCUAGCAGAUUCAAAAGAAAAGAGUGAGGCUGGACCCAUGGAGGACCCACGGCCUUGCAGUGCAGGAAGGAUUCACAAGACCACAGCAUUGGUUUUCCAUUCCAACGAGCAUGUGAAUGCGCUGGACCAGCCUUCUGGGGUCAACUGUGCAGAGCUCUGCAAGACUCCAGGCGUGCUUGGCUAUCCUGAAGCUCUAUUGCAGAACUCUCGGCCUCCCUCUGAGGAGCCCAUCCCCCAGCUGCAGGGGAGAGCUAAGCCCGACAGGGGCACGCCAGACUCAGAGGAGCCCACCCCACUCACCCAUGGAAGGGUGUUUAAAACAGAGGUCGCCACUGUGUACCCGCCUGCCAUCAGUACCAGGCCCCCUGAGCCUGGCUUGUCAAACUCUGCUGCUGCCAGCCAGUGGUCUCUCUGCCCUGCGGAUGAGGAGCAGAGGAGGGCUGCUCACAUCAAUGGACUGCAGGCAUCCACAGGUUCUGCUCUGGCCUGCUCACCCCCGGCGCAGUGCCUGUCCCCAGAAUGUAGUGAACAACCCCUGCGGAACCAGCCUAGCCCCAUAGCUGGGACAGAGGAUGAAGAACACCAACAAAUUGUGCCUCACACAGAGGUGGUAGACCUCAAGGCCCAGCUGCAGGUGAUGGAGAACUUAAUCAGCUCUAGCCAAGAGACCAUCAAAGUGCUGCUGGGAGUCAUUCAGGAGCUGGAGAAAGGAGAGGCCCACCGGGAAGGGCUUUCAUAUCGGACGGGGCAAGACACAGCUAAUUGUGACACGUGCAGGAACAGUGCAUGUAUUAUCUAUAGUGUGGAGCUGGACUUUAAGCAACAGGAAGACAAACUCCAACCUGUGCUGAGAAAACUGCACCCUGUCGAGGAAACUCAGGUCAUCCCUUCGCCUUACACUCAGGAGACUUACUCCUCCACGCCCAAGCAAAAAUCCAAAACUGAGUCCAAAAAGCACGGAAGGUGGAAACUCUGGUUUCUUUAAGACUCGGGGCUUGGGAGUACCCAGGCCAUCUUGCAAACCCACUGGAAUUUAAGUCAGUCCUUUCCCAAACUGGAUAGGAUCAAGGGAACUGCAGUGCCAACACGUGCUCCCUGCUUCUCGCCCUGCGUACCAAAAAGGCCUUCGCACCAACAGAUAAUUAGCAGCAAGGGAGUGACUGUCACCCCUUGCCAGCUGUCCUUU